GAAGUGAUACAAGUCUCCUGAUUGAAGUAUAAGAGGUGCGGGCUCGCUAGCGGCGGACGCCCAGUUGCUGCACAUGCAAAUUUGACCAGCAAACGGCGCGACGCACAACAUGGAAAGCAUGUACUAUGUCGUAAGCAGCUGCCAUAUUGACUCCAGACAGGCUGUUUCCACCUGCACCUAAGACACCACUGAAGACCGAAAAACCGAUUCCCCCUCGUGGAAGCGCCCAAGACCCUGGCCCCAUCACCCGGGAGUAUAACCUUACAAAUCCAGCAUAAUAAUUACAUGGAGCAUACAUUCAGACGGGUGUUACCGUUCCCAACCGUCCUGUACCAAAGCUGUGCUCAAAUACGGCCACAUAGAUUAAGCAUCGGGUACCAUGUUUUCAGUGGUGUGACAAGAAGUAAUGGCAAAACCUCUAGGGUCGAUCAGUCUGAAUCAAGGAGUCGAUUAUGUUGACUUGGCUUGUCGUCAAAGUUCCCGUCGUAUGUUGACUUGGCUUGUCGUCAAAGUUCCCGCAGCUCACUGCAAGCCGAAAGCAAGCCGCUUGAAUCAUGUCCGGUGUGCGGCUUAUCGGCCGACUCCCCUUCCCGCACUCUACUCGGGCGUGGUUUGGCCGUUAGAAGGGCACUAGCGGGGCUGCCGCUGAUGCCGCUGUGUAGGGAGCUGGUGUUUUGGGGCUAAGCCCCCCGUAACAGCGUAUUAUUCACUGACACUGACAUGAUGCAAGGAUUUGCAAAUAAUCUCCUUACCUCCAGCCUUGCCUCCAGCCUUGGCAUGGAAUGCCCCACGGAAGCAGCCGCAACCACGGAAGCCCCGCCCCACGGAGCCGCGCAGUACGCAGCCCACAGCGCCACGAGGUGCACGCCCGCACCGCUCAGCAGCUGCCACGUUUGCUCCACUGCCGGCACCAUCGCCGCAUCAUCACCCGGCGGCCCCUCCACCGCCGCAUCAUUACUACUGCGCCCAACAGCCCGGCUGCAACUGGGGGCGUGAUGGGACGGCGGGAGAGCGAUGGCAUCACAUCCGAUAAGCAGGACCCUGCCCGCCGACACAACCUAUGACAACUUUGGCUAUGACAGCACCAACAUGGUAAUGGCAUCCAGUUAGCCACCCGCAUUGCAGUAAUUGCCGUCUUCCACCGUUCCACGGUGUGAAGUGUGCACGAGGGCAGAGACAGUGCGGGGGGCUGGCUGCUGUUGUAAGUCGUACAUCGA